GUCCUGCUAAUCACAUUAAACCUCAACGUGUACAGACGUAUCAGUAAGUCGGGCGUGCUCAGCGUUGCUUACCAUAUGAUAUAUCAUCUGGUUGCACCCGGCCUUGUUACGUGAUACAGUAAUUCCAUCCGUUGGAAUUCGAUAUCCAUAAUUCACAAAGUAAUUGCUCACAUGGUGCAGCCGAGCAGUUCUGUAUGUCAGUUGGAUCCGAGAUCCAAACACUCGCACACGUCGUGAGAGUUAAUUGACGGCGACGAGCAAGCUGCAGCAUGCGGCGUAAAGAUCCCCCGCCGCAAGCCCCAAGCGCGGGCCGCGGCAAGAGCCUCAUAACCACGAGAACGAUGCAGCAGCAGCAGCGCAAGAUGCAGACUCCUAGAAGCUUCCUUCCACGAAGCUAUUCGUCACCAGCACAAAACGAUCCAGACGUUUCCCAAUCCCACUCCAUGCAAAGAGGGUACGUCAUGCGAAGCUAUUCGUCCCCAGAUCAGAAGCAGAUAGACUACAGGAGGAACUCUGAUUCGUUUUACAGACCUAAAAUGCAUGGUUCAAGGAGUGAACUGGACUCAGAUCUCGAGAAUUUUGAGCAGUUUGAGGAAUGCUUUAUAGAUAUAGAUGCUGAUCAAGACGAGAGUCUAGUGCCUCAAUAUAAGAUCAGCCCUGAACGGGAAGAGCCUCGGAAGGUGAUGACAUCCCUGCUGCCGGGCAGCGGGCUGCAGAGGAUCACAUUAAGACCCAUUUCCUCAACCGCUACUCAGACGCUGCACAGCGCUCGAGAUGUCAUGAAGAAAAUGCAAAAAGAUGAAUCCAAGAGCUCAACCCGCCUGAACUUCAGGCCGUUGGUGGUGAAGAUGCCAGCUCGUCACACGCUUCACACAGACCGCGAACCUCCUUCUCCAGGAGUCGAAGAACUCCAGUCUUCUCCACAAUUGGAGAUGGAAACUGCAGAACUGGAAAGAGAACUGCGGAACUCCGAGAGCCAUUUAGAUAAAGGAGUUGCUAUAGCUACUGAGGAGAGCGAUGCUGAUACGGUAAGUGUAGUAGUAAGGAAUUAUGGACUUUAUUUCUUGGAUGUACGGUCAACAAUAGAAAAACGCCGAUUUUGCUACUAAAGAGUAACAAAGAUUUAUGCUCCGUCCGCUGUAAGUUGACCUUUUUGAAAACUGUCAUACAACGAGAUAAAUACGUGAAUUUGAACAUAAUGUUUGU